AUGCGAUGCGCGAGCAAGGCCGCCGAGAGCGCGUCUGCACGUCUCUGUGCGGACGCCGAAGCAGAAACUAAAGCAACUGAUAUCCCAUCGGUUGCUGAAUCGACUCAGCCUGUAUCACCUGGUGAUGCAGGUGCUGGUCAUGAAGACACUCGUGUCUUCACAGAGUACGAGCUCGGUGUCUCGUACUCUCCUGAUACGGAUGACGGAUCCGUAUCGACGGCAAUUGAAUCCAAGCCGCCUGCCAAGCGUGGCAUGGACGAUGCUUUGCGUCGCAGCAUCUUUGGUUCAUCUGAUGAUGGUGUCGUUUCUCCAAUGGACACCACUUCACAGCGAGGUGCCAGUACUUCUGUCGGCACGUCGCAGGAAGAGCGGGACCGCAAUGUGUUGCGUCUCGCUCCAGAAAAGAAGGCAUGGAUGCCUCCUAAAUCUGUCAUGGAUCACUUGUCGGCGACGACGAGUGAUCGUUAUCGAACACGAUUGUUCGAUUCGUCAAGGAUUCAUCACCUUGACCCCAGCGCGAAAGACUAUCGCGCUGAACAUGAGUUCUUCAUCGAUGCUUUCUUCAGACAUCGAUGGUACAGUGGGAAUCACAAACGUGAUGGUCCCUCACUACUUCAGGCGUGGAACGCCUACAUCCAUAAUCUCGAGGAUGUAGGUCGUGACGCUUGGAACGACAAACUUAUCAAAGCUCGUGAUAAGUUUGAAAAGCGAACCCCGACAGGUGCACGCUACAAGCUGCAUCGUCUGUCAAGGGAGAAAGGAUUACCCUGCCUUUCUUGGGGAGACUCGUGCCCAUGUUGUGUGAACAACUCUGCACGAGCACCUAAGGAGGCUUACCUCCUUACCAGCCCGUGGUGGCGCGUACGUGUCUCUACUGAGAUGUACGAAGGGAUUGACAACCUGAAAUCCCUUUACGACCGUGCCGGGAAGACUUUCUCCGGCGGUCCUUCUGCGGCACAGGAUGUUCGCGUCGUACUGCUCGACCAGACCCAGUACGUCAACCAUCAAUUGGGAGCGGGGCUCCCAAGAAUCCCAGGACGGGGAUAG